GUCCUUUCAUGUGGCUGAGACUGAAGCCGCUUCUGCAAGUCGGUGCCAUUCAUUCGUUGACAACAUGCGCUCACUCACGACAGAGCGAGAGAGAAACAAGACAGGAAAUGGCCUCGUGGAGGAAGGCUGCCGAUGAGGGUCAUGAAAUGGUAGCCCGGCAUGGCAUGAGUCCUGUUUCUGAGCCUACUUUUCUCGUGCUGUACUUACGAGACCACUGUUCUUUCAUCAUGGAGACGCAUAGACACGAGAUUUUCAGCAACAAGCACGUUUUCUUAGCGCGAACGCAAGCGUACUACAUUCCUAACAGGUAAUUCAUGCAAAAAACUAUCGUUUAUCAUUU